AUGCUGGAGCCCGGCGGGGUCUCUGCAGCUGCUGGUGUCACCUCGUGCAGGACACAGAACUCAGCUCCUGCCAAAAAUCCUCAGGGGACCCAGCAUCAAAGUGUGGUCGUCAUCAGGGGAAAAUGCAACGUGACUUGUUCCUCCUGCUGCUCCCGGUCAGGUUUCUCCCUUCUAUUACAGGUUUGCAACAAACAGGAGGCUGGAGACCCAAGGGACAAGCCCUGCUCGCUGUGCACCGUGGAGCAGAAAAGUCGCCUCUGGAAAACACUGAAAUCACUGAAGCUGCUUCGGCUGCUGAAGAGCACAAACCGCAGGGUGCAGCGGCUGCAUACAGUUGCUGUGCACUGCUGGCGCUUGCUCACAGCACAGGGGCUGCCCGGCAUCACAUCACUGCUCCCCAGGGAAUGUCGCCACUUGCCAGAGCUGGAGGAGGCUGUGGACAACGCUGAGACCAGCUCGACCAGCAGCAACGCGGAUGCACCAAUGGACUCAGAGACAAGCACACCACCAACAGCUGUGGAAGCCAAGCGGGACUUAUUGAGGACCCUUCCCCAGCGCUUCCACAUGCCAGCCCCCAAAGUGCUGUGCCGGCCUUCAGCCCAGCGCUGGGUCAAGCCCUGCUGCACCCGAUCCUGCGGAGAGAGCCUGGAGCGCACGCUCACCAUCCAUUACUCCCGGGUAUCUGGCCAUGCUGCUGGCAUCGGGCACCGCCUGCACCAACGUGUACCGAAGGGUCUCUGACUGCGUCCUGAAGCUGGGAGAGAGCAUGGCCACAUACGGGGAGGAGGACAGCAUGGAGCUGCAGGGGCUGCACAGGGUCUGUGGGUACUGGGAUGAGUUUCAUGUCUGUGCCCUGACUGCUCUCUGGGAGUGCCAGAAGGAAGCAGCAGCCAUCUGGGAGAUGCUGAGGAAGGAGUCCCAAAAGAUCAAAUUCCAAGGCAGCCUGUUUGACCUCUGCAAUCCCAGCACAGCCCAAAGCUUUGCCUGUAUCUGCAUUCCCCAUGUGUCAGUUCUUAGCAUCCCCCUCAUCGUCACUUGGCUGAACUUAUAGACCCCAGCUCCGUAAGUAUCACAGCAAAGGUGCUGGCAGCACACUGGGGCUCCUUUCUGAUGGUUUGCUUUUCCAGACCUUUGAGGAACACAGUGUGCAGUACCAGCAGACUCUCAGCUCUGCCCCGUGUCUGUGAGACUCUGAAGAGUUCAGCAGCAUCUCGUGGGUUUCGCUAUUUCUCUGUGAUUUGGGACAUUUGUCCCCUUUGGCCUCAGGGCACAAGCAGAGCUCUGGCUGCCUGCAGGGGAUUUGGGGGAAAAUGGGAAGUGAGUCACAAAUACCAGAUUCUUUUUGGACCUUUCCAUGGCUCUUGUAUGGAAGCCUGUUUGUUCAGCUGCCUGUUUCCACAAUGUCAGCUCUCCAGGUUUUUGAUUUGGGUGCUGGAAACUUGUGAGGUGCAGGGGAUGGUGUACGUCCUGCAAAGAGCACAGAGGUGCUGGCUUUCUUUCUGGGAGGACACCCUGAAAACCCCACUGAAGAAUAGCCACAGGUGCAUGACCUCUUUCCUAGCACAUAUCUGGACUCCCAAGUAAUUCCUGUGUUAUGUGUAGAUCACUUUUCUAAGGAAACGAAGAGGCAAGAAAAUCUUUGGGUGGGGGGGAGAUGAUGCUAAGCAACUGUGACAAAACCUUUCUAAAGUAACUCUUUUGCUUUGAUGUUUUUCCCAGUAGUUCUUGUAAGCAGCUCUGUGGGUGACUGUGUGUAAUUUUAUAGUAUUAAAUUCUG